AGGAUGAUUAUAUGGGUCAGUGUGAUCCAAAUAUCGAACCAGUUGUUGUUAACUGCUGUACACAAAACAGGGGCAUGUUCCAGAAAGAAGGUCCAACCAACUCUGAGUUUAAAAAGAAACUCUGGGUUAACUUAUUAUGAGCUGAGCAACUAUCCAGUUUUCGGUCCCAGAACAGCUGCUGUGAGUUGGUUCAAUCAACUCGGAGUAUCUUUCCCCAGAGUUGGGAACCACAACAAAAAGCCAUCACCAAUGGAUCCCCGAUACCUAGCUUCACCAUGGCAACUGCUGACAUAAUGCUAGUUAUUUCACCCGACCGGAGCAAGAAGUUUUUAUUCAAGCAUAUGGGCAAGAAGAGAUAAAUGAUCUCAACCAAGUUCCUGUUCCAGUCAUGUUGCUGCCUGAUGACUUCAAAGCCAACACGAAGAUCAAGGUCAACAACCACCUCUUCAACAAAGAAAACCUCCCGGGACAUUUCAAGUUCAAAGAAUAUUGUCCUCAGGUCUUUCGAAAUCUGCGGGAACGGUUUGGUAUCGAGGAUCUGGACUAUCAGGUGUCGUUGACACGCAGCUCUCCAAUGAGAAGUGCUGAUGAUCAGGGGGAAGGUCUGCUCCUUAACUCCUACGAUCGUACACUCAUCGUCAAGCAGAUCUCCAGCGAGGAUGUUGCAGACAUGCACAGUAUCCUGUCAGAGUACCACCAGCACAUAGUGAAGUGUCAUGGCAGCACCCUGCUGCCCCAGUUCCUGGGGAUGUACCGGGUGACCGUGGACAGCGAGGAGACCUACCUCAUCGUCAUGAGGAACAUGUUCAGCCACAGACUGCUGGUCCACAGGAAGUAUGACCUGAAGGGCUCUCUGGUGGACCGUGAAGCAAGUGAUAAAGAAAGGGAAAAGGAGCUUCCCACCUUUAAGGACAUGGACUUCAGGAACAACAUGCAGAAGGUUUAUGUGACGGAGGAGCAGAAGGAGAAGUUCAUGGAGAAGCUGAAUAGAGACGUGGAGUUUCUGGUGAAAUUGAAGAUCAUGGACUACAGCCUGCUGCUCGGCAUCCAUGACGUCGGCCGGGCCGAGCGGGAAGAAGAGGAGGGUGAGGAGGUCUCCAAUGAGGAGGAGGCGGAAGCUGAAAAUGGACUUGCGCUGGGACCUACAGGGGGGUCUUACGGUACCUCUCCUGAGGGGAUCGCUGGUUACAUGUCGUCCUGCAGACCUCUGGGACCCGGCGAGUUUGAUCCCUACGUGGACGUGUACGCUGUGAGGAGUUGUCCAGGAGCCCCCCAGAGGGAAGUGUACUUCAUGGGUCUAAUCGAUGUUCUGACUCAGUACGACACCAAGAAGAAAGCCGCUCACGCAGCUAAAACCGUCAAACAUGGGGCUGGUGCAGAAAUAUCCACCGUUCACCCCGAACAGUACGCCAAACGAUUUCGUGACUUCAUCUCAAACAUUUUUGCAUAAAACUGAAGCGCCUACAUGGCCAGGAGCCAUUCCAGCUGAGAGCUGAAGUCUUUGACCAACAUUAAUAUGCAGACACAGAUCGUCAUUUCAGUUUGAUGAUCUGAGAAAAAACUUGGUUUGUAGCAAUAUAACUUAAUACUUCUGAUGCAUAUAUUUAUUUUUAAGAUUUAAGAUGUAUUUCUGUAGGUGUUGGUAGGUGUAACUGAUAGUUUAACUGGAAACUAAACGUUGAUCGAUGUCAAAAGUGUUCACAUUUCAUCUUUCUCACUUUCCUGUUUGUAUCCAAGCCUGAACUGAACUUUACAUAAAUGCUAAAAAGAAGCAUUUUCUUGCAGAGUUGGAUGAAAACAUAGAUAUUAGACAUGUCUGUGCAGUAAAUGGUUAGCUUAGCUUAGCAUUGAGGGGCCUUUCUCUGUCCAAAGGUAAUAAUCACACCUGCUUCCAACAAAACAACCCAUGAUGAGUUUCUCCACUCAUUUAUUAUUUAGUCAGAAACAAUAAAACUAUUGAUUAUAUCAUCAAAGAAUCCUCAGAUUUACUUCCUGUAAGCAGAUUCCGGUGUCUUUUGACUAUAAAAACUAGUAUGAGUCUUUGUUUGGUCAUCCUUGCAUCAUCUGUCAGGUUGUGGACAUAAGAACUGAGAGCAGGCAGACUUUUGGACAAAGACAGGCUUUUUCUUCAUUUCCAGUCUCUAAGCUAACUGACUACAGUUCUAACUAUGCAAGAGACAGACACAGAUGCUAGUUUUCCUAGAAAUAUUCCUUUAAAUGUUUAAUAGGCUGGUAUUGAUGAUAAGCUGUUGUCUAGAUCAGUGUGCAGUAAGUUAUUCUGUGUAGCAGCAGGCUGUCUGAACGUUGAGUGCCAAAUGUGUGAGAGAGAAGCUUUAAUGAAGCAGAAGUUGCACUUUGCCUGGAAUCGAUUGACAGAGUUUAAAAACCAAACCCAAUGUGAACGGAUCAAAUUCUGGUUUCGACUGCUCAUUUUUAUAAUAUUUCCAGAACCGCAUUCAUAUGUCAAAGUAUUUAUCACGUCAGCAUGGCUGGUGCAAAAUGUGGUGCCACAGCCCACAAGAGGCGGCACCACACCUAGCUGUGGUACCGCCUCUUGUGGGCAGGCAGACUUUUGGACAAACACAGGCGGUUUCUUCAUUUCCAGUCUCUAAGCUGACUACUGUUAAAGUUCUGUCUAUGAGGAACCACAGCGGUUCGUCAUAGUUAGAGGGCUGUGGUACCGCCUCUUGCAGGCUGUGGUACCGUCAGCUCUUGCGGGCUGUUUUACUGCCACCUCUUACAGGCUGUGGUACCAUUGGCUCUUGCUCCUGCCCACUUUUGGGAACAAUUCUGCCUUUAAAAUUAAGCAUGCCAUUUGUUAUUGUUCAGAACAUCAGGAUAGUUCCAGAACCUGUUCUGAACACACUGUAGAGUUUUGUGUGUUUAGGUGUCAGUGUGAUGACUAAGAUGUAGGAAGUGUAGCAGUGAGAUGACGCAUCACCGACACUUAGGCUUUAGUUCUACUAAAAGUUCUGUGUUUAACAGCCGGGUUUCCAUCUGUACUGAUCUUUAGAGAAGCUGCAGUUAAAAUGUGAAUCGGACAUGUUUCCAGUAAAUAAACUAAACCACGAAGUGUUCCUCGAGGGUGGCAGAGUAAACUCUCCACUGAUGACCGUAAUUCAACAGCAGUCCUAAGUGUCCUGACUGGAAACUGGAGCUGUGACCUGGAGGACAAAAAUAUUCCAGUUGAUUUCCACAAGGGAAAAUUGGUGAGAGCUCUUCAUCAGGAAUUACUUUCAUCUCUGGGAGAAUGGACUGAUUUAUCAUGUCAGGAAAGACAGCAGCCAGUUAGGUAAUUUUUUAUUCCUAAUGCACAUCAAGUCUGCUUUGAAAUGGUGAAAAAAAAACAAUUUACAUUUUCAAUCUUUUUUUAUUUUUGUUUUUUGUUUGCUUUUUUUUCUUUUCUUUGUUUUGUUUUUUUUAAACACAUCUUCUAAAUGAAAUCAUAAACAGGCCUGGAAACCCGGCUGUGAUGGUAACACUACAUUACAGCAGCUUGGCCUUAACUUAGUGAAAUGAUUCCUGAACCAGGCGGAGUGAUGGACUGAUUCCUUGUGUGAUGACUCAUGUUCUCCUUCAUUAACCAUGUAUUUUUGCAAAUCAGCUUUUGGACCAAAAUAUAUUUUACAACAGUUUUCUGGAAUGUUUGCCUUGUUAUUCCUGCUUCGGUGUGUUAGUGUGGAUGACAUUGAUGGAGAACUUUGAUCAAUAAAUCAGCUGCAAAAAGACAAACAGGAAAUGGGCGCGUGGCCACUUUAAUCUGGACAAAUCUCACUAAGUGUUAAAUGGUUUGAAACAGAAUAAAAAGGUGUGUUCCUGA